AUGAAGGCCGUCGCGUCCGAGCCGGCGCUCGCUCGCGCACUGCACCGCUCCUACAUCCUCCGCGUGAGCUCCGACACCGAUUCCUUCGAGUUCCAGGUCUCGGAGCACCUCCGCCUCUCUGGCGUCUACUGGGGCGCCUGCGCUCUGCACCUCCUCGGCGAGCUGCAGUCGCUCGACGCGGCGCAGGUCGUCUCCUUCGUCCGCUCCUGCCAGCGCGGCUGCGGCGGCUUCGGCGGCAACCUCGGCCACGACGCGCAUAUGCUCUACACGCUCUCCGCCGUGCAGGUGCUCGCGCUCUUCGGCGCGCUGCACACUGUCGACGCCGGGCGCGUGAUGCGGUACGUCGCCUCGCUGCAGCGGCCGGACGGCUCCUUCGCCGGAGACGAGUGGGGCGAGGUGGACACCCGCUUCUCGUACUGCGCGCUCUGCUGCGCGUCGCUCCUUGGAAAGCUCGGCGACAUCGACGUUGCCGCCGCAGUGAGGUACGUGCGUGCGUGCGAGAACUUCGACGGCGGGUACGGCUGCGAGCCUGGCGGCGAGUCCCAUGCGGGACAGGUCUUCACCUGCGUGGGCGCCCUCGCCAUCGGCGGCGAGCUCGGCAGCGUGCGGAGCGAGGAGCUCGCCUGGUGGCUCUGCGAGCGGCAGACGCCCGGAGGCGGCCUCAACGGCCGGCCGCAGAAGGCGCGACCUGACGCGGACGUGUGCUACUCGUGGUGGGUGCUGUCUGCGAUGUGCCUGCUGCGGAGGGACGGGUGGAUCGACGGCGAGGCGCUGCGCCGCUUCAUCCUCUCCUGCCAGGACGAGGAGGAGGGCGGCAUCGCCGACAAGCCUGGAGACCUCCCUGACGUCUUCCACACCUUCUUCGGCGAGCGAGGAGAGAGUAUACAUGGCACCGACGGAGUGCCACCGAUCGACGCGGCGCACGCCAUGCCCGCCUCUGUCAUGGAGCAGCUCAGAGCAGAGCAGGCGCUCGAGCCCUCGCGAACCCUCCGUGGGGCGUCGCCACCGCGACCGCGCCGCGGCCGACCCUCUUCGGUGCCACAUAGGCGGCUGCAGCGAGCGAGGGCCGCCCCUCGCCGCCGCCAGAGUUCUUGA